AUGACGGGGGUUGUCUGGACAUUUGCAAUUCCGGUUGGAUUUCCAUGCGUCAACAUUCUGGACGAUAAGCGGAGCGGCAAGCAAGUGCUUGCUGCAGGAGUCGACACGGAAGAUCUAGAUCCCUCCGUCUCUUCGGCCAGUUCGGCGUCUUCUCCACCGUUUCACCCGAAAGACGCGCGCAUCCUACGUGACGAAUCGCGUCUGGCCCCGUCCUUGCUCUUGUCCUCUCCACCGUCAGGAGACUCGAGUCCGUCGGACGCUGGUUCUCCCUCCCAGCAACACUCCCCGCGGAGUAUCAACCUCGAGCCCCCGCCGUUGCCAUUUCUCUCGGCCCACCGAACCGGAGAAUCCCUGAUUUCGUCACCGGACAAUAAGAGGGCCGAUAGCAGUGUCUACUACACUACUGCCUGGGGGUCUCCGUAUGCGGCACCCAGCACCCGUCGAUUGUCUUUGACUCUAAGCCAAUACGCCGGCGGAGAUCGCGAAUCGGGUGAAAGCUCGCCUGCAAGUGUCGCCAACAACACCGAGUUCCGACGAUCCAGCGUUACAAUCAACGAGGAUCUUGUUGGUAGUCAAGAAGGCAGAUCGAUUCGAGACUUCACCGAGGAUUGGAUCAAUCAGUACCUGACCGGUCAACCACGCACCGAGCGCAGCAACUGGUUGAGCGACGACUCCGGAAGCGAGGCACCGUCGUUUUUCACUGCCCAGAACCAGCUUGCGGACGACUUGUCUGACGACUGGCUUGGUCUGGAAGACAAUAUCCGCGACAGCGACCUUCUCAAAACACCGACGCUCUCCGACUUUGUGGGUCGAAGAGCCGCUGCUCGCGCAAAGGGAAAGAAGAACUUGCAUAAGCGCGCGGAUACUCUGCGCCAGGAGGAUUUUUGGGGUUUCGCAUACGACAAGGAGCCUUCCAAGAACAUCAUGUCGGAUACCAAGGAGUCACAGCCUCCCGCCGAGAUGACAUCUCCGGUCGAAAAGCCUCUACCGCCACCGCCGUCAACUACCGCAGACGAAAAUGUACAGGUGGAUGAUACACAGAAGUCCGAUGUUCUUCAAAGGCAGGCCUCUGAUCUCAACCGAUCGGCCACUCAGACCCCGAGGCGGAGAAAGAAGUUGGUUUGGCGUGGGAAGGCGUGUAUUAUUGAAUUGCCCGUGGAUGACAAACGAGGAACGGAGGAAUCCGGUUACCAUCUUUUGGGCCGUGAAGAUGUUGAGGCACGGAUGAAGAAUUGGGAGAAUGAAGGCUACGAUAUUCGCGGAUUUACCGUUGGCGAAACAGAUGGUUUGUCCGGGCCCACUGAACUGGGUGGUUUAAGCCGACCCUUGUAUCCCGAUCCGUACGAGGUCUAUGAAGAAACAAAGGGCCAAAAGGUUCACAUUUCCUUCCCGGAUAGAGCCGUUUGGGACUCCUAUGUCGCCAACUUGCAAGAGGAGAAGCUGCGAGCCCUGGGUGUGUUUUUUGGUGACGACGAGCCUCAACCUUCACCUUCCCCAGCAUCGGCAUCCAUCAACCCAUCCCAGACGCCAUUCCCCGGUCUGGUGGCAUCUCCGCCGAUUCACACUGCAUCUGCAGGAAGCAACCCGCUCGCCCAAAUGCAUGCAUUCUCACCGCAUUUUGGUCAGUCAGCUGGUACGGCAAGUGGUGGCAUUGGGUCUCUGGCAUCGCCCGCUCCGCAAUUCGGUGUCCAGAGUCCAUUCAUGGGCAUGGAGCAGAACUUUAUGAAUGGCUAUCCAUUCCAGUUUCAGCCCACGCCUCCUGCACAGGGUACCAUGACCCCACAGAGUCUGAGCAACCUUCGCCAGGCUAAUUCGUCGAUUGGCCCUGGGGCACUUCACAACUUCAACUCGAUGCUGUCUCCUGUAUCCCCGAUGCAUGAACAGGGUUAUGCCGAUUUCGAGAAGGCUGGGUUUGACGGCGGCUUUGGACAUGUUGGUCACGAUGGUCCUCCGUUCCCAACUCCUCGCACUCCUGUCAACGAUCCUGGUCACUUCCACGCAAAUGUUGAGAUCGCUCACCCUACUCCUCGUGGCCAUGGCCACAACCUAAGCGAGACUCUCCAGAGAGGUGUGGAGCAGAUGACACAUCGCGAUUAUGGUCUGCCAGAUCAUGUCGAACACCACAGAGCUCUGGACCAGAUGACACAUUCCAACUAUCUGCCAGAUCAGGUCGAGCACCACUUGGAAGAUGAUCAGGAUGCUUCCCACCAUAGAAUGGACCCCGAAUCGAUUGAGACCCGAUGGGCUCUGUAUCAGCAGCAGAACGAUCCUCACCAGAUGGCUCAGAACGCACCUCGUCAACCCUCGUUCUCGCAACAUCCACAACAAUUCUACGACGAACGAUUUGGACACCAGAACGUGAAUGACGUGUCCGACGUCGACACAAACCCUAGUCUUGCCGGAACACCACAUACUCGAGGUGCCAUGCCGGAUCAACGCGCGUGGCAUGAAUCGAUGCCAAGUUCUGGUUCCUACCGGGGUCACCAGUCCAAGCUUUCUGUUUCCUCCCUCAAUGUGCAGGCUAAGGAGUUUGACCCGACUGCGUCCUUCGGAUCUCAGGCUGCACAGUUCGGCGGAAACGGAUUCCAAUUUGGUGGAAUGGGCCAACAAGGAUUCGGCUUCGCACCAGCUGCCCAGGCCUUUACUCCUUCCGCAAGCAUGAAUGGCCCGAUGGACAAUACUCUCAACCAGAGCACCAGCAGCUUCAAGUUCUCCUCGGCAUCCUUCAAUGUCGAAGCCCCCGUCUUCAACCCAUCUACCAGUCUCAACUCGAAUGCCAGCUCCGAACAACCUUCAAUUAACCGAACCAAGAUCUUCGGUGACAUCGAUCUCACCGAAAUAUCCAAGCCCCCCAAACAAAACAAGGCAAUCCCGAUUGUACGGCCAGAUGAUGCCGAGACAACCAAAGAGGAAGACAAGGAAACAGUCCUCCACGAUGAUGCGAAUGGUCGACCUGUUCCCACGGAUCGUCACAAGCGUGCUCGUCGUGGCAUUGGCCACGCUGAGGGCGAGGCUCGGUACAGCAUCUCAACCCAUCCCCUGGGAGACGCUGGAAAUGCCCAGGCGUCCAGCAAUCUCCAACCCGUCGCCGAGGGCAAGGAGAAUGCCUUGCCUGAAGAUGGCAGCACUGUGGAGCGCAAGAGCACUCCUAUGAGCGAAGCUGAUACGUGGACUCUCUUCGAUUACAGGAACAGAUCCAAUGCCGGAUCGCCUGUCUCGGCUGAACAAAUUCAUGAGGCCGAAGGGGAGCGUGUCCUGGAGGAACCUGCCCAGGAUACUGCUCCUCAAGAUGGCUCGAAGCAUAUUGCCCAAGAAUCAAAGAGCUCCUUGAAGAGCACCAUGCUCUCGCCCACCGCCCCGCCGUUCGAGUUCAAGCCUGCCGUUCCGGCAUUCGUUCCAACUAGCGUGGAGCCAUCCAGCUUUGCUAACAAGCAGCCUGAUCCGGAGCCAGUCAAGAUCCAGCCCGUAGAAGAGGAGCCAGUCGGGCAGAAACCUGCCGAAAAGAAAUCAGGCGGACUCAUGGCCUCUCGCUUUGCUACGGAUAGCCCGCCCAAGCCGCAGCCAGUUGCACCUCAACAGAACAGAGGAUGGGACCCCGAGUCUGGUAAUGAGUCACCAGACGCUGACGAGCUCAAUGCCAUCAUGGAUCAACUUAAUGAUGACUCUGACAUUGGCAUUCAGAGACAGCAUACUCCUCUUCCACCCAAGCAGGUCACAGAGUCUGUUGGUGGCCCUACCAAGGAGCAGCGCUUCGGCUCUGCAGAGGGCAGAAGCGAAGCCCCCAGUCCCAGCCCUGGCGCUCAGAAGACGUACAAACUAAACAUUCCCAACCUCGGCUCGGGCUUCGACGUCAACCGCGAUGCCACCCCCUCUCCCAAGAGGGGCUUCAUCCCUGCUCAGGAAGGCAUUAUCUCUGGACAUCAGUCUUGGAUUCACCGCGACCAGUUUUCGACUCACAAGCGCGACCAAUCCAUGCCCACGGAUGAAGGAAAUAUCAGCCAAUGGGAUGAUGACUUUGUCGCUCCUGGCGAAGGGGAGGACUUCAUUACCCGAAGAACCUUUUUCGACCGCCGCAUCCAUGAUAUUAUCGGGUCCGCUGUCGAUGACAGGUUCGUUCCUUUGGAGCGUGCUCUGGCUGGUAUCCAGGCAUCCAUGGCAUCCAUUGCUACCGGUACUGCAAGCAGGAGGCUGCUUCGUAGCACGUCUGCUGAAAUGGAGGAUAGCGAUGCUGAUGAUGAGGACGACGGCGAGCACGAGGAGAAGUCUGUUAGAGCUCGCUCGCCUCAACAUAUGCGCGACCGCAAGUUAGAGAUGUUGAAGAGUGUCGUCAUGGAAGCUUUGGUUACACAUGAUUUGCCUCAUCGCUCGACACAAUACUCCAGCCAUGGUGAGAUGGCUCAGCUCAAGGAGAGCAUUGCUGAACUGCAGGCUCUCACUAUCAAGAAACUUGCUCAAGACCCCGUUGGUGAUAUGCGUGAGAUCCUGGAAGAGACUCUCGCCAGGCAAUUGGCCCAGCAGACCCCUCGCUUGACGGAAGCCGAGGAAAUUGGUGCCGAUAGUCUGAUGCUCCAGAUUGACGGACUCAAGAGUAUGUUGCGACUGGCUGACGAGCGUGCCGAGCAAGAAUACAAGACUCGCCGGGAUGCUCAAGACUCCAUAACCGAACUUCAGCAUCUGUUGAAGGCCGCUGAAGAAGAUGCCGCUCGGCACAGCGCUGCUGCUGAGGAUGCGGAGGCUCGCCUUUUGCAGUUCAAGGAAGAGAAGAUCCCCCAUUUGGAGAAAAUGCAGUUCCGCAGCGAGUCUCUAGCCGAAGAGAGCGAGACCCUCAAGGUUACCAUUGCAGAACUAUCCUCGAAGAACAUUGCUCUCGAGGGUACCCUAGACGAGUACCGCGUUUCUAGCGACCACUUCCGUCGCCAACUGGAAACUACCAAGGACGAGAACAAAUCUUUGCAUGAGACUGUUGACCACCUGAGGACUCGCAUUGAGGACAACAUGGUGGCCCGGCAAAAUCUCACUGAGAAAUUCGAUCGCCUUCAGUCGGAUAUGAUUACUCUAACAUCUGAUGUCACUCGCGAACAGGCCUCGUGGCGCAAGAAGGAGGAGGAGCAGACUGCCAAACAUAACGAGCUGCGUGCCUCUCACGCUCGUGAAGUUAAGCUGCGCGAGCAGCUUGAGCAGGAAGUCGGCGAAUUGGCGAAGCAAGAACGGGAGACUGCCAAGUUGAAGUUCGUUCAUGAGCAAUCCCUACAGGAGAACGCUAGGCUGGAAGAGGUCAUCGCCAACCUUCGCGCGGAGAACCACGAGCUGCAGCUCAAGUCAGCUCGCUUCGAGCGGGAGUUCAAUGAAGCUCGCGAGAGCAGCCGUAUGGAAAUCCAGCGCACUCGUACCUCCAUGGAAGCCGACUUGGAAGCUUCCAACGUCCAGGUCAACAUUGUGCGCGCCGAGCUGGAGGCUCAGGUCAUUCGCCUCCAGGCCCAGUUGGACAACGUUCAAAUGGAUGCUGAUACUUCCCGGGAGCGCUACGAAAUGCUCCUGGAGGAGGCCAGGGAAUCCAAGAUGACUGCCUUGGCUACAGCCAAGGAGUCUCGCGAGAUUGCACUUGAAGAUCAACGCAAGACACACGAGCGGGUCCUUAACGACCUCCGCGAGCGUCACGCUCGUGCCCUGCAUAACUCUUCGGAAGAUCGCCAGCGUGCAGACGUACACAUGGAGGAUCGCAUGGCUCUUGCGGAUGAGAAGGCCAAGCACUUGCAAGAACGUGUAGAGCACCUCGAGGAGAGACUCCAAAUUGCGCAGUCUGCUGCCCGUGCUGCUGUUGAGGCGGCCCAGAAGGGUAGUGCCUUACCAAUGCCUGCCCAUGUACCCGCACACUCGAGCUCGCCCUCUAUGUCCUUCAGCAAGGGCUCCCAGGAGCCCGAGAAGAUCUCCCCGCAGGCCCUGCGCGAAUCCAUCUUCGUCCUCCAAGACCAGCUUCAGCAGCGCGAGACCCGUAUUGAGGAGCUCGAGCAAGAGGUUUCGUCUGUGGACAAGGAGGCUCCAAACAAGAUCAAGGAGAGAGACACCGAGAUCACUUGGCUCCGUGAGCUUCUCGGCGUUCGCAUCGAUGAUCUGCAGGAUAUCAUCAAGACUCUCUCACAGCCUUCUUUCAACCAACACGCUGUCCGUGAUGCGGCUAUCCGUCUGAAGGCCAAUCUGCAGAUGCAACAACAGGAGCGUGAGCGCGCUGCGUCUGGUCAGGGCCUCCAGCUGCCGUCUAUCUCUGACAUCGCCGCUUCUCCACGCGCUCUUCCUCUAGCUGCAGCUGCAGCCUGGGGCAACUGGCGCAAGAGCAGAGAGAACUCGAGUGGGGGGACAAGCUCGGCAGAGCAGACACCUUCCAAGUCCAACAACGCCAGCACCUUCUUGUCGGGACUUCUGACUCCCCCGACCUCCCACGUCCGACCAAACCCUGCCCAACCCGGUGCUUCGGGCCGUCCUUAUUCUGAAAGCCGGCCCCUGAGAGGAUUCAACUCAACUCCUCGACGAGGUUCUGUCCGCCAGGAAGCUCUCAUCACUGAGCCGCCCAAGACCCCUCCGCUCCUCCGCCGCUCGAGCUAUGACCAUGAUGCCGAGCCGACAAAUUACGAGGAAACCAGCUUGGUCGCAGACGACACCGAUGACAUCGGAAGCACCGCCGACGGAAUGGUGUCUGCUUCACCUAGAGACCCCAACGAAGGCCCAUUUGGCCCUCAAAUCUCUGCCGUCGCUGAGGAGUAA